AUGUCAGCUCUCAUCCCACGUGCAGCUUCUCGAGUUCUCCGUUCCGCCGUCCGCCCUGCGCUGCGCGUUCAGCGCCCCACUGCUACUCCAUUCCGCCGGGGUCUGGCCAUUCCCGCCGCUGAGCAGCCACGCUUGAGAAUUGGAUCGGUCGCACCCGACUUCGAGGCGCAGACCACCCACGGGAAGAUCAAGUUCCAUGAGUUCCUCAAUGGCAAGUGGACGAUUCUAUUCUCUCACCCUGCCGACUUCACGCCCGUCUGCACUACUGAGCUUGGUGCUUUCGCAAAGCUGAAGGACGAGUUCGACGCGCGUGGCGUACAGAUGCUUGGUCUUAGCGCCAAUGACCUCAGCUCGCACGACCAGUGGGUGAACGAUAUCAACGAGACCCAAAACACCAACGUCAAAUUCCCCAUCAUCGCCGACGCUGACCGCAAAGUCGCCUUUCUGUACGACAUGAUCGCGCAAGACGAGCUCGACAAUAUCGCCGAGAAGGGCAUCGCCUUUACUAUCCGCUCUGUCUUCAUCAUCGACCCGGCCAAGAAGAUCAGGCUUAAGAUGGACUACCCUGCCAGCACGGGUCGCAACACAGUAGAGGUGUUGAGGGUUAUUGACAGUCUACAGACGGGUGAUAAGAAGGGCGUCGUGACGCCUAUUAACUGGACGGUUGGCGAUGAUGUGAUUGUCCCGCCCAGUGUGAGCACCGAGGAUGCGAGGAAGAAGUUCGGCGGUGUCAGGGAGGUCAAGCCUUACCUGAGGUUCACGAACGUUGGAAAAUAG